UGACAGCAGGUACAGCUGGGUUAUUUGCGCUGAGGCAGAUGUUGCUUAUCUUUGAGGAAAGAGCUCGACAACAGCAGGAUGGCUGCGGAAAUAUUCGUGAAAAAACAGACCAUAGACCUGCGGAAGAAGCACAUCGGGCCUUCUUGUAAGAUUUUCUUCAGCCAUGACCCCGUCAAGAUCGUACGAGCCAAAGGCCAGUACAUGUAUGAUGAAAAAGGACAGCGCUACCUGGAUUGCAUCAACAAUGUGGCUCACGUGGGCCACUGUCACCCGGAUGUGGUGAAGGCGGGAGCUCAGCAGAUGGAACUGCUCAACACCAACUCGCGCUUCUUGCACGACAACCUUGUCCUGUAUGCCCAGAGGCUGCAGGCCACACUGCCCGACAAGCUCUCUGUGUGCUACUUUGUCAACUCAGGAUCUGAAGCCAACGACCUGGCCCUCCGACUGGCAUGGCAGUACACUGGCCACAAAGACAUCAUCACGUUGGAAAAUGCGUAUCACGGCCACGUCUCAUCGCUCAUCGACAUCAGCCCGUAUAAGUUCCAGCACUUGUCGGACGAUGAGCGGAACCAAACGGUCCAUGUGGCUCCCAGCCCAGAUGUGUACAGAGGCAAAUACAGAGCAGACCACCCUGACCCUGCCUCAGCAUAUGCAGAUGAAGUCAAAGAUAUGAUACACGGAGUCCAUGAAAAAGGAGGCAAGAUUGCCGCUUUUAUUGCGGAGUCAUUGCAGAGUUGUGGCGGGCAGGUCAUUCCCCCAACGGGCUAUUUCCAGCAAGUGGCACAGCACGUCCGCAAGGCAGGGGGCAUUUUCAUCGCCGAUGAGGUGCAGGUGGGCUUUGGGCGUAUCGGCACCCACUUCUGGGCCUUCCAGCUUCAGGGAGAAGACUUUGUACCUGACAUCGUCACAAUGGGGAAGCCUAUCGGCAACGGUCACCCGAUGUCAUGCGUGGUCACGACCAAAGAGGUGGCAGAGGCCUUCAUGUCAUCCGGAAUGGAGUAUUUCAACACUUUUGGCGGUAAUCCGGUGUCCUGUGCCAUCGGCACGGCCGUCCUAGACGUGAUCGCGAAAGAGGAUCUCCAGGGCAAUGCACUGCGUGUGGGGGGGUACCUGGCCAGGCUCCUGGAACAGCAGAAGGAGAAGCACCCGCUAGUUGGCGAUAUCAGGGGUCGAGGCCUGUUUGCCGGGGUGGAGCUCGUGAAGGACAGGUUGACGCUUACUCCUGCUACAGCGGAGGCCCAAGAGGUCAUAUACAGGUUAAAGGAACAGUACAUUCUUCUUAGUGCUGACGGACCUCAUCGCAAUGUGCUGAAAUUCAAGCCCCCCAUGUGCUUCACCGAAGAGGACGCAGACCUGGUGGUGGGGAAAAUAGACCAAAUUCUCACAGAGCUGGAAGAGGCAUUGGGCCUGAAGUUGCAAAAUGCAUUGAGUUUAGAGAAUGGGAGCAGUAAAAGAAAGCUGCCAGCAGAGGAAAAUGGACACGUGUAUCUCGGGGCCUUAUCACACGACCGAGGGAGCAGUCGAGGACUUCCUCAACAAGCCAAACGCCUAAGGACAUAAAACUCCCUACAAACAGAGGCACAGCUUUAAAUUACCCACACUUAUCUUCUACCAAGUUAAACAGCUGGGUUAAAAACUUGCAUGAGGAUAAAAAAUAAGUGCCUCUUUAUGUAGCCUGUUUUUAAAAAUGUUAAUUUACUGUGUACCUCUGAAUCCUUUAAUUAUGCAAGCUACCAGACUACACAACAUGUGUACUCGUAAUAAAUCAACAGAUACUAUGUUUUUAAAAAAAGAAAAUAUUCCAAUAGUCUUAAGUAUUGAUAUUUAGCUCAUGCUGAUUCAUAAACAUUACUCAAUUGGGUUUAAAGUGUGGAACACCCGUUUACGCCAUUCCACAUUUUGUGUUCAUCUGUUUAAAAUAAAAACAAAAGUGUUAUACUUUGUUAAUAAAUGGAGAAAAGUC